AUGUAUUCAUUGUUGAACAACAGAUCUAGGUUCCACAAGUCUAUGAAUGGCACCAAAGCGGUGCUAGCAUUGUCACUGGUUAGCGCCGAUAAGCCAAAAACUGAGACAACUUCAACGGCCGCGAAAAAGGCAACUGAAGUGCCCGCGAAGAAGACAGUCGAAGUACCUUUGAAGAAGGCAUCAGAAGUGCCCGUGAAGAAGGCAUCAGAAGUGCCAACAAAGAAGCCCCAUGUAGAACCCGCGCGUGAAGGACGGCAGUUGAGUCCUUACCCUGGACAACAAGACAACGAAGUGGUGGUCGACAUUCAGGACGACGAAAAGAAGCAGUACUACGAAACCAACUAUGACACAAGUGCGUAUGGUUUCGGAUACGAUGUCGGCCCAAACGGACAGUUUCAUCACGAGAACCGUGGUCCCGAUGGUGUUGUCUACGGAUGUUAUGGUUACGUCGACACCGAGGGCUACCUCCGCGCCACCCACUAUGUUGCCGACAGCCACGGCUACCGAGUCGUAGAACCAGAAAAACCUGUCGAAGUUUUCCCCGAUGAGAAAUACGAAUACGACGAAAAUUACGAACCCACGCCAUCCGCGACGGGUCAAACCAUUCCGUGGAAUAAGUUAUUCUUCCCCCAGGGAUGCGGUCGCACUCCUGGCGGAGUUCCACCCCAACCGUUCAAACCAAAACCUAAACCUAAACCCCCUGUAGAUAGCACCGGACAAACUAGCAACCCCAGUCCUGGCGUCGCAUACCCUGGUCAAGGCCCUAAUGGCCCUUACGGUCCUGGCGGCUCCGGCGGCUCCGGCGGCCCUGGUGGUCCCGGAGGACCAAAUGGACCUUACGGACCUGGUGGUCCCGGAGGACCAAAUGGACCUUACGGACCCGGCGGUACUGGCGGACCUAAUGGUCCUUAUGGCCCAGGUGGUCAAGAUGGCUCAUACAGACCAGACGGCUCCUACGGUCCAGACGGAUCUUAUCAACCGGAAGGUUCCUACGGACCCGACGGAUCAUAUAGGACGUUUUCGGGCAAGGUGGUUGGCACUCCUGGAUCGCCUGGAACUCCUGGGUCGCCUGGCAGCCCUGGAUCCCCUGGUAGCCCGGGUACUCCUGGUUCUCCAGGCACACCAGGAACACCUGGUUCAGGCGGUGGAUACUAUCCUGGACAAGACGGAACAGGGGGACCGACUGGUCCUUCAGGCGGGGGAGGUGGCUACUAUCCAGGUAGUCCCGGCAGUCCUGGAACCCCCGGCACUCCAGGCACACCCGGAACACCAGGUGGCCCUGGGGGUCCAGGUGGACCAGGUGGACCAGGUGGACCAGGUGGUCCAGGAGGGCCAAACGGUCCAAAUGGGCCUGGAGGAUCUGACGGCGGUCAAUAUUAUCCUGCACUGCCCGGUAGUCCCGGUACACCCGGCUCCCCAGGCACUCCUGGUGGACCUGGUGGACUUGGUGGUCCCGGAGGCCCUGGGGGACCAGGCGGCCCAGGCGGCCCGGGAGGUCCAGAUCAACCAAGCUACCCUGGACAGCCAGGACAGCCUGGUACACCAGGAUAUCCAGGACAACCAGGAUACCCAGGACAACCCGGUACACCAGGACAACCAGGAACACCAGGCCAGCCAGGCUAUCCAGGACAAGGUGGACAACCUAUAAAUCCUGGUCAACCAGGAUACCCAGGCCAGCCCGGACAACCAGGAUACCCGGGACAACCAGGUCAGCCAGGAACACCAGGACAACCCGGAACGCCUGGACAACCAGGAACGCCAGGACAACCAGGACAACCCGGCUAUCCAGGAACUCCUGGGCAACCAGGGCAAUCCGGAUAUCCAGGACAGGGUGGACCACAACAGGGAGGUCAGCCUAUAAAUCCUAGUCAACCCGGAUACCCAGGUCAACCAGGACAACCUGGAUAUCCAGGCCAGCCCGGACAACCAGGAACACCAGGUCAACCCGGAACACCAGGUCAGUCUGGAACACCAGGACAACCAGGACAGCCCGGAACACCAGGACAACCAGGAACACCAGGACAACCAGGACAAGGUGGACAACCGAUAAAACCUGGUCAGUCUGGAUACCCAGGCCAGUCAGGUCAACCAGGAUAUCCAGGACAACCAGGACAGCCAGGAACACCAGGCCAGCCCGGAACACCAGGGCAGCCAGGUCAACCGGGACAGCCAGGGACUCCAGGCCAGCCCGGAACACCAGGGCAGCCAAGCUAUCCAGGACAAGGUGGACAACCUAUAAAGCCUGGUCAGCCAGGAUACCCAGGUCAGCCAGGCCAGCCGGGAUACCCAGGACAAGCAGGACAGCCAGGAACACCAGGAUACCCAGGACAGCCAGGGACUACAGGCCAGCCCGGAACACCAGGGCAGCCAAGCUAUCCAGGACAAGGUGGACAACCUAUAAAGCCUGGUCAGCCAGGAUACCCAGGUCAGCCAGGCCAGCCGGGAUACCCAGGACAACCAGGACAGCCAGGAACACCAGGACAGCCAGGAACACCAGGACAACCAGGGCAGCCCGGAACACCAGGACAACCAGGUCAACCAGGCUAUCCAGGACAAGGUGGACAGCCUAUAAAGCCUGGUCAGACAGGAUACCCAGGUCAGCCAGGCCAGCCGGGAUACCCAGGACAACCAGGACAGCCAGGAACACCAGGACAGCCAGGCCAACCGGGACAACCCGGUACACCAGGACAGCCAGGACAACCAGGCUAUCCAGGACAAGGUGGACCACAACAGGGCGGUCAACCCAUGAAUCCUAGUCAACCUGGAUACCCCGGCCAACCAGGACAACCAGGAUACCCAGGACAACCAGGCCAGACCGGAACACCAGGACAACCAGGUCAACCAGGCUACCCAGGACAAGGUGGACAACCUAUAAAGCCUGGUCAGCCAGGAUACCCAGGUCAGCCAGGACAAGGUGGACCACAACAGGGCGGUCAACCAAUGAAUCCUAGUCAACCUGGAUACCCCGGCCAACCAGGACAAGAAGGAUACCCAGGACAACCAGGUCAACCAGGACAACCUGGACAACCGGGUCAACCGGGGCAGCCCGGUACAGCAGGACAACCAGGCUAUCCCGGACAAGGUGGACAACAACAGGGCGGUCAGCCCAUUAAUCCUAGUCAACCUGGAUACCCCAGCCAUCCAGGACAACCAGGAUACCCAGGACAACCAGGUCAACCAGGACAACCAGGCCAGCCCGGAACACCAGGACAACCAGGGCAGCCCGGAACACCAGGACAACCAGGUCAACCAGGCUACCCAGGACAAGGUGGACAGCCUAUAAAGCCUGGUCAGCCAGGAUACCCAGGUCAGCCAGGCCAGCCGGGAUACCCUGGACAACCAGGACAGCCAGGAGCACCAGGCCAACCGGGUCAGCCAGGACAACCAGGGCAGCCCGGAACCCCAGGACAAGCAGGUCAACCAGGCUACCCAGGACAAGGUGGACAACCUAUAAAGCCUGCUCAGCCGGUACACCCAGGCCAGCCUGGACAACCAGGGCAGCCCGGAACACCAGGACAACCAGGUCAACCAGGAUACCCAGGGCAACCGGGUCAGCCAGGACAACCAGGGCAACCAGGACAACAAGGCUAUCCAGGACAAGGUGGACCACAACAGGGCGGUCAGCCUAUUAAUCCUAGUCAACCUGGUUACCCAGGCCAGUCAGGACAACCAGGUUACCCUGGACAACCGGUUCAGCCAGGACAACCAGGGCAGCCCGGAACACCAGGGGAACCGGGACAGCCCGGUACACCAGGACAACCUGGCUAUCCAGGACAAGGUGAACCACAACAGGGCGGUCAGCCUAUGAAUCCUAGUCAACCCGAAUACCCAAGCCAGCCAGGACAACCAGGACAGCCAGGAACACCGGGACAAGCAGGACACCCAGGACAACCUGGACACCCAGGCGCACCAGGACAACCAGGUUACCCAGGACAACCCGGACAGCCGGGCGCACCAGGACAAGCAGGUUACCCAGGACAAGGUGGACCACAACAGGGCGGUCAGCCUAUAAAUCCUAGUCAACCAGGACAUCCAGGGCAGCCAGGACAGCCGGGUCAACCAGGGCAGCCAGGAAAACCCGGGCAACCUGGUACACCAGGACAGCCUGGAGCUCCAGGGCAACCUGGAACACCAGGACAACCAGGCUAUCCAGGACAAAAUGGACCACAACAAGGCGGUCAGCCUAUUAAACCUGAUCAACCCGGAUACCCAGGCCAACCGGGAGCACCAGGGCAGCCUGGAACACCAGGACAACCCGGACAGCCAGGAACACCAGGACAACCCGGAUAUCCAGGACAAGGCGGACCACAACAGGGCGGUCAGCCUAUCAAUCCCGAUCAGCCCGGACAGCCAGGUCCACCAGGAUAUCCAGGGCAAGGCGGACAACCCAUAAAUCCUAGUCAAUCAGGCUACCCGGGACAACCAGGACAAGGAGGCGAUUCCGUCUCGUCGGGAACUGGUGUGCAGCCACCGACAUAUGUUCCAUCAACUCAAAUGCCACCUUUCCCAAUUUAUGUCAUACCUUUUCCAUUGCCUAUCGUACCAAGUCCAGGAUCAUGUCCCUGCUAUUUAUUAAAUCCUGGAAAUAACGGUACAGCAACGAACGAAAUGCAAGCAUCCUCACAUCCCGCAAAUGGACAGAGUCAAGGAUAUGCUCCGUACGGUAUUAUAGGAUUCAUACCUGUUGUUUUCGUUCCCUAUUGUCCAGGAAAUGGGAGUGCGAUGAACACUGCACAACAAAACUUCCCUCAAGCAGUACCGGUGCAAUACAAUUGUGCCCAAUGUCAGGCCAAUCGAGAUGUCUACAGAUUCGCAGGCCGACACAAUGGCGCCAGAGCGUUCAAAGAGCUUAAAGAACUUAAAUCGCUGGACGAACUUAACGAUCUCAUUCGAAAUAGAAUAAAACCUACCAAGAGGACAUUACGUCAAAUUGCAGCACAUCCAAAAAUACUUGAAACAAAACACUAGCAUUCGGUAAUAUGAUGCUGUCUAAUUUUGAGCCUGUCCGAAUAAAACUUGGACGGUCUCAAAAUUACAAAUGACGUACAGAAUUUCGGAAUUUCGAAAUAUUUAUGUGCGUCUUCUUUUUCUUCACAGAAUCUACUAAAUAUUUAUUAGUUUAUUUUACAAAUUUUUAAUUUUAGUUUUUAUUUAUUAGAAUUUUGGUUCAGUAGGACUUUUCUGUGUUUAUGAACAAUUAUUAAUUUAUGUAGUA